CUUGUCUUCUCCUCCUGGGGAGGUAAUACACUAUAUAAUUUGUCAUAAAAAAUAGAGUACUCUCUUUGGCCCUGAUUAAGAACCCUAAUCAGAAUAUCGAUCCAUUCUCAACAUGGAUGAAGAGUACGAUGUGAUUGUGCUUGGCACUGGCCUCAAGGAAUGUAUCCUCAGUGGUCUUCUCUCUGUUGAUGGUCUUAAGGUACUGCACAUGGACAGGAACGACUACUAUGGAGGAGAAUCAACAUCUCUCAAUCUUGUACAGCUCUGGAAGAGGUUUAGAGGAAGUGACAAGCCUCCAGCUCAAUUGGGUUCUAGCAGGGAUUAUAAUGUUGACAUGAUACCUAAGUUCAUUAUGGCUAAUGGUGCUCUUGUACGAGUUCUAAUUCACACGGAUGUCACAAAAUAUUUGUACUUCAAAGCUGUUGAUGGCAGCUUUGUGUAUAAUAAAGGAAAGGUCCACAAGGUGCCUGCCACUGAUAUGGAGGCACUUAAAUCUCCUUUAAUGGGCAUUUUUGAGAAACGCCGUGCUCGGAAGUUCUUUAUCUAUGUUCAGGAUUAUAAGGAGAGUGAUCCAAAGACACAUGAGGGGAUGGAUCUAACAAGAGUGACAGCAAGAGAGCUUAUAUCAAAAUAUGGUCUUGAUGACAACACUGUGGACUUCAUUGGUCAUGCAUUGGCAUUACACAGAGAUGACCGCUACUUAGACAAACCUGCGCUGGAUACGGUGAAGAGAAUGAAGCUGUAUGCUGAAUCUCUUGCACGUUUUCAAGGAGGAUCACCAUAUAUCUACCCUUUAUAUGGAUUAGGAGAGCUUCCCCAGGCAUUUGCUCGACUUAGUGCUGUGUAUGGUGGGACGUAUAUGUUGAACAAACCUGAAUGCAAGGUAGUGUUUGAUGAAGAAGGAAAGGUCACUGGUGUCACUUCAGAAGGAGAGACAGCUAAGUGCAAGAAAGUUGUAUGUGAUCCUUCUUACUUAUCCAACAAGGUUAGAAAGGUUGGAAAAGUUGCAAGAGCUAUUGCAAUUAUGAGCCACCCAAUUCCAAAUACCAAUGAUUCUCACUCAGUGCAAAUUAUUUUACCCCAAAAACAAUUGGGCCGUAACUCUGAUUUGUACCUGUUCUGUUGUUCUUACACUCAUAAUGUUGCUCCAAAGGGCAAAUUUAUUGCAUUUGUCUCAACAGAGGCAGAAACUGAUAAUCCGGAGAGUGAACUGAAGCCUGGCAUUGAUCUUCUAGGACAAGUGGAUGAGAUCUUCUUUGAAGCAUAUGACAGAUUUGAACCUGUCAAUGAGCCCUCUUUAGAUAACUGUUUUAUUUCGACUAGCUAUGAUGCUACAACUCACUUUGAGUCGACUGUGGAUGAUGUCCUCAAUAUGUAUACCUUGAUAACUGGAAAGGUUCUGGACCUCAAUGUGGAUCUAAGUGCUGCGAGUGCCGCUGAAGAAUGAGAUGCUCUCGACUCCCGUAUACUAUGUACUUUUCUUUGGUCUAUCCUUCAUGUGUUACAAAAUUGUUGUAGGAUUUAAUGAAGAAAUGGACUCAUUGUAUUGUUCUCUCUGUUCUGAGUUAAAAGAGUUGUUGCCCUUUCUUAUAAAAAAUAUGCUUUGUAAUGCACGAUGAGAAAAUGGUUGUUGAAGUUGUUGAUAUGUUUACUGUUGGUUAUCUUGCA